AUGCAGCACGUAUUCGUCAUCAGCAUCAUCGUCUUCACCAUCAUCGUCACCAUCCAUCAUCGCCACGUUUGUUUGGGCGCUCAUGGUCGCUUCGCUCAGAAGCUGCUGAAUGACUUGUUCUCCAACUACACCAACGCCUUGCGUCCGGUGGAAGACACUGACCACAUCAUCAACGUCACCCUGCAGAUCACUCUCUCCCAGAUCAUCGACAUGGAUGAGCGGAACCAGAUCCUGACCACCUACCUGUGGAUACGCCAGGUGUGGAAUGACGCCUACCUCACCUGGAAGAAAGAGGACUACGACGGCCUCGACACCAUCCGCAUACCCAGCAGCUACGUGUGGAGACCUGAUAUUGUUCUGUAUAACAGUGCAGACGACGAGUUCUCCAGCUCCAUGGAGACCAACGUUGUUCUCCGUAACGAUGGUCAGGUCAUGUGGGACCAGCCAGCCAUCACCAAAAGCUCCUGCUCAGUGGAUGUGGCCUUCUUCCCCUUUGACGUCCAGCAGUGUCACCUGACGUUCGGCUCCUGGACUCACAACGGCAACCAGAUGGAUUUGUUCAAUGCCUUGGACAGUGCUGACCUGGCUGACUUUGUCCCCAAUGUGGAGUGGGAGGUUUUGGGCAUGCCAGCCAAGAAAAAUGUCAUCCUGUAUGGCUGUUGCUCGGAUCCGUACCCGGACAUCACCUUUACCCUCCACCUGAAGCGACGGGCCUCCUUCUACAUCUUCAACCUCCUCAUCCCCUGCAUGAUGAUCUCCUUUCUGGCCCCGCUGGGCUUCUACCUGCCGGCUGACUCAGGUGAAAAGGUUUCUCUGGGUGUCACGGUGCUGCUGGCCCUUACCGUGUUUCAGUUGCUGGUGGCUGAGAGCAUGCCACCCUCCGAGAGCGUCCCACUGAUAGGAAAGUACUACAUUGCUACCAUGACGAUGGUCACUGCUUCAACAGCACUCACCAUCUUCAUCAUGAACAUACACCACUGCGGUCCAGAGGCUCGUCCCGUCCCAGAAUGGGCUGAACGUUUCAUCCUCAACUACCUCGCCCGCAUCUGCUUUGUCUAUGAAGUCGGCGAAAACUGCCUCGAAGUGACUUCAUCCGGGAAACAACCUCUGUCUCAGGAGGAGUCUGAAGCCACAUCAGCCAAUGGUGCCAACCCCAGAGGACCAAACUGGGAUGUGAAUGGACAGGCGUGGGGAGGGAGGGUGGAAGAGAAUGGGGCGGGGGCGUCUCUGAAGUUGGAGCAGGAUUUGACCAACCAGACAGACUGGAAGGAGGAUCUGUUUGUGACCAUCGACCACUUGGAGGAGGAAGGAGCUGUUGGUGGACGUGAGGAGCAAGGAGAGGAGUCAAACAGUGCCGGUGGAGGAGGAGGAGGAGGAGGAGGAAGAGAGCAUGUUGAAGAAAAGAAAGGCGUCGGAGGUGAAGGAGGAGGUGGAGCCAAGGAGAACAGGAGGGAGAUCUUAGUGAAAACCCAGUGUGUUUGCCAACACCACGGACUGCGCAAGAGUGUUGAGUUCAUUGCCAGCUCAUACCAGGACCAGCGAGCAGCACAGCUGCGCAUUGGGGAGUGGAGGAAGGUCGCUAAGGUCAUGGACCGCUUCUUCAUGUGGCUGUUCUUCAUCAUGGUCUUCUUCAUGAGCAUUCUCAUCCUGGGAAAAGCCAUCUGA